AUGUCGCCCAAGACCAUCACGACAAAUCUCGUUUUGCUCUUGCGAGCACUGAUCCUCACUUUACACUUUUGGGUCCGGCGUUUCCGAGUGACACCUUUCGCUCCUCGCCUCUUGGUCGUCAGAAAACUGAAAGUCAUUGUCAAUACGAGGCUCAACGGGCGGUUGACCAAGGCGUCGUGGGCGAGGCCGAACACAUACGAUUUGGUGCAAGCACGGUUGGUUUUCCGUCUGGUAGUUGUGUUUUUGUUGGGACCACCAUGGCCAUCUUCUACAGUCGAUGCAGGGACCGCCAUCCAGUGGGAAGUUCUACCGGUGCAAUGCAUUCGCAGCGGCUAUGGUGCGCAGGUGUUUCUCCUGGCCGGCAGAUGA